CUGCCGACCGCCGAGGUCCCCGAAGAUCGAUCCUCCAGCCUGCGGUUGUGGAUAAACCCUCGCCUCGGAGCGUCGGUCCCGACGUCCUCCGCGAGGGCAACCCGCGGCUGGUGGUGGCCAGGCUGUCUGGCUACGGGCAGACAGGCCCCAAGUCGAAGCUCCCAGGCUUUGCGUCCGUGUGCGAGGGCGUGGGCGGCUUCAGGUACGUCAACGGCUUCCCGGGCAUGCCGCCAGUCCGGCCGAACCUCUCGAUCGGCGACACGCUCGCAGCCAUGAACGCCACGAUCGGGAUUCUGCUGGCACUCGUCCGGCGAGGGUGGUCGCCAGCCAGCAGCAGCCCUGCCGGACAAGAUGUCGACGUGUCCAUCGCAGAGAGCGUCUUCGGCCUGCUGGAGUCGUGCGUGCCCGAGUUCGACAGGCUCGGGGUCGUGCGGGAGCCCUCGGGCUCGUCGCUUACAGGCAUCGUCCCGACAGGCACGUAUCCCUGCAGGGACGGGGCGAUCGUCGAUCAUUGGGGCGAACGGGGACUCCCUGUUCAAGCGCCUGAUGCUGGAGAUGGGGCGAGCAGACCUGGCCGAGGACCCGCGCUUUGCGGACAACGCGGGCCGCGUGGCUCACCAGCAGGCACUGGACGCCCCGUCGCGGAGUGGACCUCGGGCCUCGCCGCGGCGGAGGCGCAGGCCCGCUGCGACGCGGCCGCCGUCCCCUGCGGCCCCAUCUACUCGGUCCGGGACCUCGUCCAGGACGCGCACUUCCAGGCGCGCGGCUGCUUCGAGGAGGUGGCCACGCGGGACGGGCGGCCGCUGAAGGUGCCAGCCACCGUCCACCCGAAGCUGACCGCGACGCCGGGCGCCACGCUGCGCGGGGGCCCCAGGCUGGGCGAGCACACGGACGAGGUGCUCGGCUCCUUGCUCGCACUGCCGCCCGGGGAGAUCGCGGCCCUGAGGUCUCGCGGCGUCAUCGCCUGAGGCCAGGACCCGCUUCGAUCCGAUCGAUCGGGCUCGACAGUUAUCGAUUCCUGCCGGCGCUGUCCGGUGCGACUCCGGCAUGCCGAGACGGUCCGAUGCGGCCCGAUGCCUGCACGCCGCUGCUGCACCGCCCGGCGCCGCCGAGCCGACGCGGUUCCGACGCCGUGCCGCUGCGGCCCGAGCCGACGCGCAGAGUCCGUUCUUGCGGGGCCCGGCCUCCCGGGAUGGGAUGCGGGCGGCGGGGUCCUGCCCGAGGCGCGCUGCCGCCCGCGCGGGGAGCUCGGCGUUCCCCUGUGCGAGGCCUCGCGGGGUCGGCGCCCGAGGCGUGCUCCCGCGGCCCUCUGUUGGUUCCGAGCGCGCGGCGGCGUCCGCACCGUGCUGCCGGUCCCCCCCCCUCUCGCCGCGCCCUCCGCAC